GAAAAACGUAUUGAAAUUAUUGUGUAAAUAUUUAUACCAAACUUUUUUAGUAGGUCGCAGUCCAUCAAUAAAUAUCUUACACCAUUCUACAGUUAUUCAAAAUAGGGCGGUGUAUGGGAAGGGGGCGAAAACGUUCUCUGAUCCGAUAGCCCUUAGUCCAAAACUCGUCGCUGCAACCAGUUUAUUAUUUUAUUAUUAUAUUAUUACUUAUUUUUUUGCUUUAUCUAUUACCAUUGAGUAAUAUAAGAAGCCCAUACUAUAAUUGAACAUAUUCUUCUUAAUUUAAAAAACCCAUAUAGUAACGUUUGUAAUACUAAUGUUUUCUUAACAGAUCCAACCUAUAGCACUUACUACUUGAGAAGGUACAUAACAUGAAUCAAAGUCCAAAGUCAACAAUGGAUGCAUAACAACAAAUCAAGUUUCUUUGAUUGUGUUCAAUGGGCUUCUUUUUUUUGUACACAGACGGAGAAUAAGAGAAUGAUCGCAGUUCUGUGGGUAAAUAGUUCCACGAAUGAACAACUAUGAUCAAAACAGACUUUCGUUUACGGAGGGAAUAAAUAUUUGCGCACUCUUUGAGAAAUGCAAAAAGUUAAGUCUGUGUGCUGAAAACCGUGGAUUACCGCUCCUGGUUAUUUUAUAGAAACUUAAAAGGCAUUUUAUUGUUAGGAAAUUGGCAAAAGUACAUCUUACUAAGUUGUUGACAUAUGGCGAUAUGUUAUUAUAAUUUGCGUUACCUGAGACGUCAUCAGAGCAUAGGUUAUUCUGUACUUUACACAUUAGAACAAUAUAGUCGUGGAAGUGUAAAAAACUCUCUGUCCUUCAACAUUCAAAGAGUAUUCAAAAUUUUCAACUUGUUCACCGGUGCCUAUCCAUUUCCUUCCAUCUAAAUUCGCAUAUCGCUAAAAAAACCCACGGUACGAAAUCUCACUAUUUUAGGUUUCGAGGUAUUUACCACUGAAGAGUUAGAUUUCACCCACCAUUAAAACUCGUUGUAAUGUGUCAUGAAUUAGUGUUUGCAAUGAACAUCUUCAUCGAAUACCGUGAAACAACAAGUGAAUAUACUCUGCAUAAGCAUACACAGACGAGUUAUCAACAUAUCUCAAAAAUUGUGGUUUAAAGGUUGAAUAUAACAAAAAAAGUUGGACCGAAGUAUUUAAAUAUUUACUUCAGGUGAUUAAGAUCCUUGCCAGCGUGCGUAUCCUUUGUCAAAGGCAUUAGUUCAAUAUCAAAAUGAAGUAAAAUGAGGUUAAUUAAGGAGAACAGGAGUAUAUUAUAUUCAUUAAUUUUCAUAUUAUAUAUCGUAGCAAAUAAAAUUUUCCGAAUCAUUUUAAUUCAGUUUUGCUUUCGGUUCACGUAUGUCGCCGAAGGAAUUUCUGAAGAUGUCAUUUUAUAUGUACGCUUUACGUAUAAAAAAAAAAAAAAAUAAAUAUCUUGCGAAUUAAAUACCCUAUAUUUUUUUUGAGAAAUAUGUUUAAAAAAAGCCACAACAAACAAACAUCUCUAACACAUAUAAAUAUAAACAUAAUAUGCAUAUUCAUAUGUUUGAAUAGCUCUGCGUUUAUACUCAUCCGCACGUAUAAAUUUGAAUUGUUUUGAGAAAGUGUAUAAAUUUUGCAUUUUUCAUGUUUAUUUUCAGACGGCACCAACAUUUCAUUUCAGAUUUUCUUACAAAAAAUUUAUGUUUUUUUUCUUUCUACUUUGGAGAAUACGUUGGCAUCUUUAAUUGCUGAGGAGCAUUUUCUUUUUUUUCAUUUUCUCAAAUUUUAAUAUAAUAAUCAAAUAACUGUGAAAUAUUAUUUUCUAUGGGUCGACACUAAUACCAAUAUAAUAACACUUAAGAAAAACUCGUACGCUUGAUUUUUCCAGGAGGUAUAGACUUUUUGCCAGCAAAUAAUUCAUUAUGAACGCAUUUUCAAUACUGGACUGUUUGUUUUGUCAAGUUGACUGACUGUUCUGUAAUAUUUGCAGAUACUGAAGUUACCGUUAACUGACAAAUUUAAAAGAUAUGUGAACAGAAAAUAUGAACAUCGAAAAUUGACUAAGAAAUUUUUCAAAAAAAAAUCCUCAUAUUAUAUUAAAUCCCCAAAAAAGUUAUGCGUGUUGACGCCAUGGGUCUUUGUUGGUGUUCCGAUAUAUGGGGGAGAUCAUAUAUUUAUGUAUAUGUAUAUACAUAUUUAUAAAGUAAAUUUAUUCCUCGAGCCUGGGAAAGCAAGCGAAGCUUUGUUGUAUCAACCCGCUAUUGCUCCUAUUUAUGCGUUGCUUCAAGAAUAUAUACACAGGUCGCCACAAACUCUAGUAAAUAUUUUUCUUAAUUAAUUACAAAGAUGUGGCCAUGAUUCGUUGUGGUUGUAAAGACUCAACCAGUUGGAAUCAUAUUUAAAAUGAUUUCAUCAUUGGUGGAAUGCAAAUAUUGACUAAUCUUUCAUUUAGGUUAUUUUCCAUUCAUUCAAUCUUUAUCCAGUUUUUCGUUUCAAUUUUACUUACAUUUGUUUUUUUCUUAUGCAGGCUUUUCUUAAUUUCGUUCGGUGCUCGAAAUUUUUCAAGGAAAAUCCGUAACUGUUGUUGAGCAGAUUUACCGUUCGGGUAAAUAUCUGAUCUAAAUGUGAAAUCUUUGUGACUUUUAUGUUUGUUUUAGCUUUUCAGGCUUUGUGAACAAAUCUUAAAAAGUUUGUGUUGAAGAAAUGAAAAAACUUCCAGUUUCCCAUUUAAAUUUUUGGGUGACAAACUAAAGUGACAAACUGAAUAUGCAGGAUGUCUGAGGGCGCCCUAAUGGAAAUCGAAUCCUCUAGUGAUGAGUACAAAAUGAAUUUGUGCACGUAUACCUCUGCGGGCGGAUAUAAAAAUAAAUUGCUGAAUGCAUAAGAGGCCGCGGGGCCCGCCAUUAGUCCUCAAAUCUCAUUAUCACUGUUCUUUUGCCAGCUACAACAAUGCUUCCAUGAAAAUAGUUGUCUAUUUCACCAGAAGGUCUAGAAGUUAUAUCGCUCGUGGCGGUCUGUCGCACUCCCUCACCUCUUAGUUCGAGUAUGCUAGCAAGCAUUGGUUCAAAAAAUGAUUAGGUCCUGGGAUAGCAGAAUAAUUAUUCAAUAUUCACAUAGCAUUGGUAACAUUAUAAAGUAUGUAAGUUAUAUAGAAUUUGCUCGCUAAAUGUCCAAUUAUUCGCGAAUCGUAUAUUAAAUUUCCAUAAUUUAAGGCGAAUUUUUUAAAAAUUUGCAAAUAUUUCUGAUUGCUGAUGUAUUCAAGCAGAUUUGAAGAGUAUUUAGAUCUUCCGAGAUAGUCUCAAAAGAAGGAAGUAAAAUUGUGACACCAUCAAGACGAAACACUACCUGUAAACGUUUACGCAAGCGAUAAUGUUGGGCUAAAGUCGUCUAUCUUAUCGCAAUUGACGAUUCCUUCGCUUAGCGUACUUCUAAAUUUCUUUGGUUUUGUAACGUAAACACUCUGAUAUAUUUACUUGGCAACCGCAGCCAUGCCUGCAGCAUUAAGUGCGCGCAGACUGUUGUUGUUCCUUAUAUUUUAGUUCAUUUCUUCAGGCUAUUCUGCCAAAUGAAUACCACGUCACCAAAAUCAUCGCUGGCCAAGUUGGGAAUACAUCCGAAGCAUAAAUCGUUGAAAGUUAUGGUUUUGGGCCAAUCGGGUGUGGGUAAAACAGCUAUGGUGGUCCGUUUCAUCACGAAACGUUUUAUAGGCGAAUAUGAUCCAAACUUGGAGAAAAUCUAUACACACAACACGAUCCUGGAUAACGACUAUGCACAAUUUGAUAUUUUAGAUGCAGCUGGGCAGCCAAAUGAAAUCGAUGCUAUCAACUUGGAAUCGAAUAUACGUUGGGCUGAUGCUUUUGUACUUAUGUAUUCAGUUACCGAUAAAUGCAGUUUUGAUGAAUGCAAUCGUUUAAAAUUUCUUAUUAACUACAAUAAGAGAAGGCGCAAAUUGGGCUCGAAUCAUAAGGAUUGUAUGUCAGAUGUGCCAGUCAUUUUAGUGGGUAAUAAAACAGAUCAAACCGGUGAUCGUAUGGUUGGUUUAGAGGAAGGUCAACGCCGAUUUAAAGAGUUAUCUUGUGCAUGCUUCCACGAGAUAUCCGUAAGAGAAAGUGUAGAUCAGGUUCAAGCAGUAUUUCGUGAUGUGUUUCGUUUUUGGCGUGUUUUUAGCAAAUUUCCAAAACUUAAACGUUCCACUAGUGAUGUUCAAAAUACCAAUGAUUUGGUUAUGAGUCCUGAUUCCGGUUGUUCCUUUCAUGAUUCCGCUUCUUUAGCCCAUGAAACCAGGAGAUCAUUUCUAAUUAUAGGAAGUGCUUGUCUAGAGGAAACCGAUCAUUCAGAAUCCACCGAUGAAUUGGGCUCGGGCAGUUUAAAUAGCUCUCAAAGUGAACUAGAGACACCGUUUCGUAGCCGAGCUUGCACCGAUGGAACGCUGCUAUCACGUCCACGCCGUUGGCGUUAUCCUCCACCUGGUUGUUUAAUGCCGCACACAAAUCGCGUUGAAAGACGUAUGAGUAUUUCCACCCGGGGCAGUAAUGCCAGCUAUUAAACACAAGUGCUUUAAAUGUUAUUUAUUAUUUUAUAUUAAGCUAACAUUUAGAUUCCAUUUAUUUAUUUCU